CUGCCACUUCCGGUUAGAUUAAUCAUUAAACUAAGUUAAAUAGCACGUAUGAAGUGUGUGACACGUUAAACGGUGCGAGGAGCUUUAGGUGAGGCUGGAAAACUCUUUGUCCGGUUUAAAGCUCGUUUCCGGUCCCAGCUGCCGUCAGCCACGUCGGAGGACCGCACCUGUUCAGGUGGUGUUAGUCUCACCUGUCUCAGGCUUGAAGCUCUCCUGUCUCCAGGAUGCUCCAGGGGCCGUACGGCGACCCGGACCAGGGCCGGCUCCUCAUCCGGCUGCCCUUCAAGAUCUUCGCCGUGGUGACGGUUCUGCUGCCGGCGACCGGCUUCAUCGCCUGCAUCAUCGUCUCCCUCAUCUACCACUACGAGGACACGACGCACGCACACUGUAAGGUAUCCAACUACCUCCCGUCCAUCAGCUCCUCCGUCGCCCACGUGCCGGAGCGCUACAUUUGGUGUGUCUGCAUCGGGCUGCACUCGGCGCCGCGGUACCUGAUGUCCUUCGCGUACUUCAGCUUCUACCGUGGGCGCUUUAGCGGUCGGCAGCGGCUGCUGAGCGGGCUGGCGCUCCUCUGCAGCCUCGCCGAGAACACCGGCCUGCUGCUGCUCACAUACGUGUCGUCCAAAGAAAACCACCGUUACCAUGACAAUGGGUUCAGAGUGUUCACAGGGAGCUCGCUGGUGCACAUGCUCAUUACAUGCCGGCUGUGGUACGUGAUGAAGAGAAGCUUCGAGAGCGCAGAGGAGGACGUAUCCUAUCGUCGGAAGCUGCGUCUCUUCGUUUUAAACGCCGCCUGUUGUUUGGCUUCCUACUUACUCUACAAACGCCACAACGACCGCUGUGAACCUGGAGUCUACACCUUGUUCGCCUUCAUCGAGUACCUGAUGGUCUUCUCCAACAUCGCCUUCCACUUUACGGCUUUCUGGGACUUUGGCAGCAAAGAGCUGAUCGUGGCCACGCCGCUGAUACGACACUGAGCUCCGCCCAGAGAGUUCUUCUUCUAUCGUUGCUUUUAAACACCUGGGUUUAAAGUCUGUGU